UGCUAUGACAACGCGUCCUUCCUGGAGAGCGGUCUCCAUGGCGACCGGCUCUUCCGGGAAGGGUCGCCGUUUUCCCUUUCCUCGCUUCGCUCUCUGUCAUCGGGAAACGCUCCGUCGCAGCCUGUCGAAGACCGCUUUCGUUCGCGGCCGGAUUUAGGCGGGAACUCGGUAGGGUGGAGGCCUGAGAGGUGGCGGCUGUCAGAGGAAGCAGAGCGCUCGGCUUUUCCCGGCUGUUUCCGGAUCGGUUCGCCUCUCCCCGCUUUGACUUCGGGGGCUUCUUUGUCUCGCUUUCCGAUGUCGGGCGAACCGGCCGCUCCUGAGGAUACCCGGUUCAAAGCCUCCGCGCUCGGAGGCCUGGAAAGCGGAGGCAGCGGGGACCGUUGCUGCCUUAGCGGGGCCGAAGAUCAAGAGAAGCGUGUGGCGGCGGUGCCGCCGCUUCCGCCUCCACCAGAAAAUGAAGAUUCAACUAAAAAAUCACUCCAAGAAGCUAUUAUUUCAGAAAAGGAUAUAUUACCAUGCAGGCUGCAGAAUGGAUCGCCUGUAAAUUCAGAUACUACAAAGGAUCCUGCAGGUGCUAAUGGGAGUCGAGAGGAGCAAGAUGUAGUUGGAGAGGAGGAGAUCCUCACUGAUCAAUCUCAGCACCAAAAAGAGGAAGCUAUACUGCAAGUGACAAAUUUCUCUGCACCACAAGGACCAGGUGAUAUAAUCAUGAUACAGUCUGAAUAUACAGGUGCAGUAGACAUCCUGUCUGCAGAGCUAGAAACUACAGAUCUUCUAAGCGAACAGAAGAAAGUUCGGCCACCUCCAUUGAUUCCCCCCACUACCUGGACAAAUUCUAAGAUAAGGGAGUUUAAAACAAAGAUGGCAAAGGAGAAGAAUGCCCGAAUGCUAGUGAAACGGGGUGAGGUAUUAACAGUCCGGGUGCCCACUCAUCCUGAUGGGAAGCGCGUCUGCUGGGAAUUUGCUACAGAAGAUUAUGACAUUGGGUUUGGAGUCUAUUUUGAUUGGACUCCUAUUACUAGUACUGCCAUUACUGUUCAGGUCAGUGAAUCAAGUGAUGAAGAAGAUGAAGAAGAAGAAUUUGAAGGUCCUAUUCCUGUUGGUGAUGUGGAAAAAGGAGCCAAAAGCUAUUUGCGAAACCGUUAUGGGGAGAUCAUGCCAGUCUACCGAAGGGACAGCCACCAAGAAGUGCAAAUAGGCAGCCAUGAUUAUCCAGGGGAGGGCAUCUAUUUGCUCAAAUUUGACAAUUCUUACUCUCUCCUACGCAACAAGAUUCUUUUUUUUCAUGUUUAUUAUACCACCUAAAAAAAUAAAUAGUUUUGUUGCCAAGACUAAUAUGUAUAUCUUGUGAUGGCCAAAUUUUGUUUAUAUAGCCUUCCUAUUCCAAAAUGGAGGAAACGGUCAUUAGCAGUUCCACUUUGUUGUAUGCAGACACAAAGCUGAAAAAAAAAUAGUAACAGCAAGCAAGUCACGGGACAUAAGAUGUCUGUUUUUCUUUUGAUUGCACUUACAUGAACUGAAGCUAAAACACGCCUUUUCUUUGGAAGUAUAUAUAUUAUCUCCUUCUACUCUUCUGGCUACAAAUAGUGACUGGAAUCAGCUGCCAAAACAGCCUGUAGAACUCUGCCCAGAACUACAUUGUUACUGUGAUAUUGUACACUGCCAUUUGCUUUGUAGUAGAGAUCUUGUAGAAUGGUACGCGCGUUGCCUACUCAGGCCACUGACAGGUUGACUUCUCUCAUCUGCCUCCCAUAAAUGUUCAUCUGCUCAGUUGUUUGUAUAUAUUUUAAAGCUUGGCUGGAUGGCAUCCAAACUGCAUCAUUCUCUUUCAGUAAGAGAACAACAUAUGGUAACUUUAAAAGAAAAAAGCAUACCCUCCCAUUUCUGCUUUUGAUGAAUUAUUCGGGAAGCAGACAUCAACAAAGGCUUCUCCAGUUCCAGAAUUCAUAGUUUUGGGGGCACCAUAUGCUGUUCUAUUGGCAACAUUUGGCAACAUUUAAGUAUAGUAAAAAUUGGUGAAAUUCCAAGUGUUGUUCGAUACCAAUGACAAAAAGCAAUCCUGAACUAUAUUACAAUAGGCAGGCACAAAUUAGUCCUUUGGUCUGUUACAACUAUUGACUUUAAGCAAUGAUUUUGUAAUUUAUAUGGAAGAGUGAUUCACAAAAGCCUCCCCAUCCAUAUAAAAUAAUAUCGAGUCUUUAAACAAUCAGAAAGUAUUUGCUUUCUUUUACACCAGGGGUGUCAAACUUGCAGUGUCACAGUGGUGUCAUGUGACGUACUGGGACUAAACCGGAUGGGGCCGUGGCCAGCACGUGACACAUCUGGCCUGUGGGCCGUGAGUUUUACAGCCCUGUUUUACACCUUUGUUGUUUAUUCAGACUUCAAAAUCACUGCCAAUAUUUAAUGUAGCAUAAUAUAGCAGAGCUACCUAUUGCAGUUACCAGUUGGCAAUCAUUAUCUUUCAUAGCUCAGGUUUUAUAGAAUGUAUAUGUACAGCUCAUGUUGUCUCUAUAGCAGAAGACAUAAAUAUACUUAAGAUUUCAGGGGGAGAUUUGAGCAGGCCUUUUUAAAGCUGUUAUUUCUUGUGAUGUUUGUCCAGUAUGCUUAACUCUGCAUGAUUACACCAAAUAUUUAUUGUAAGUAGUAGAUCUUGGGCAAUGUUCCUAAGAGGUGUUUUUGUUGAAGCUUGGCGGUUUACUAUUUCUGCCAUAUUUUUAGUGAGAAACAUACAUAGAGGAAAUGAAAUUGACUCCUGUCUCAGGCUUUUUUUAAACAAUUGGGAAAUAAACUCAAUGUUUUCAGAUUUGAAAUGAGAAAUGGAUAAAUACGUACUACUAACUUUAAAGAGGAAAUCCAAUAUGGCUACUCCUUCCCAUUUUUAAAUUAUUUUAAGAUGAGAUUGGAGAAACAAUUACAGCAUUUAAAGUACAAUAACUGCAAGGAACAACAUUUGGUGGAAGAAGAAAAACUGUAGUACAAAUGGAUUUUCUGAUUCAGAGUUGCUGAUUUUUGAAAACAGUCUUGAAGGACCCCCAUAGAAGGAGCCACUGAAUUGUUUGUUGUAAAACUUAUGAACAACAUUUAAUGUUCUCUUCCUUCCCCCAUUUGUAAAUUCAUGUUACUGUUGAAAUCAUUUUCAAUUAAAGCUUAUCUCUAGAUGUCCCACACUGUACAGAAAAUGAAGCUCACUGGUCCUCGUUUUCAACCCAAAGAAUUUGCUUUGUUUAGAGUUCAGAAAAUGAAACAGAUUUAUUUGCUUUGGCUAAUGUUUUCUUGAAGAAAUACAAAAAAAGAAAAGAUAUAUAUUUUAAAUGGGCAAAUUUGUGUUGACUUUAAUUACAGAGCUCUAUUUUUAACUCUUGAGUAACAUAAAAAGCUUCCGCAGGAAAGCAACUGCAUUUGUUCUUAAGUCCCACAGUAUCUUCUAAAGGGUUAGUGGAUUGCUGUUGAAAUUACAGUAUCAUUUCUACCUACAGAGGAAUGAAUUUUUAGAAAAGAGAACAAGACUGAAAUGUGGAGCAAGAUAAAACUGUAGUAGAUAUCAGCUGAGCAAAAGCCUUCGUGCCUUCCAUUCCAUUCUCUGUUUAAUGUCAGUGGCUUUCAGAUAUGUUCCUACUGAACUAAACAGUUUAAAAUUGACUGCCCUUCAUAUGUAUACUUUGCUCAUUUGACUAAGGAAAUUAAUUUGUGAAGUUUUGAUGAUUCAGGUAUAGUGUGUAAUAUUCCUUCUCCAUGUAUGAGUUGUAUAUACACACAUAUGCACAUGAGCUUUACAGUAUCUGUACCUCUUAUCCAAAGACUAACUAAACUCAGGCCAAGUCAAAGUAUUUCUGUGGUUUGUUUCUCUUUCUACUGUGAAAAAUUAUAAAGCUGUAUGUGCUUCUUAGAUUGCUAAAAUUCUAAAAUUCUAUUACCACGUGCUAAUGAAAUAUGUGAAAAAUGCUUAGAGUGAACAGUUAUCGUUGCCUGAAAUUGAUUCUAGAAAAUUUUCAACAUUCAACAUGCAUUGCUGUAGAUGAAAAUAGAAAUAUAAUUUCACUAGAGAUAAAUUAGCUAUUAUUUUAGAUUGAGAAGUUCAAGUUUAAUAGAAAUGUUAUAAUAAAAUAAUUGUAUGAUUGUCCCAUAAUGUAUGGAAAUAACAGACUGGCCAUGUUCGUAUGGUAGCAUAAAGAAGUAGCACAAAUAAAUAAUGUAUAUGCAGUAUAUGGCAACUUAAAAUGGAAAACAGGAUCUAAUUAGUCCCAAUACAUAAAUUAAGCAUUUUAAACUCAUUUUACUUCUACUUAAGCCACACUUUAAUCAUAUUAAUGUACUCGGCCCAUGUAUUUGAUUUAAUUAGGUAUAAUUUGGUAUAUUUCCUCUUUAACUAUUGACAAGCAAGCUAAACUGAGACAUUGGAACUAAUCUUGAAUGGGAUUGGAGAUAAAAUAUUAUUGAUACUGCUUUGUUUGUCUCCUUUUAACUAAGAGAGAAUUGCCAAAAUCCUGGUUCAUGAAUAAUUCUGAUAUGGAAUGAUUGCUACAGUCCCAAGUGUACUAAAAUCCAAUUAAAAUUUGGGCCUGUUUCUAAGUAGACAAUACAGCAUUAUCCUGUAAGUCUUCUUGCACUAUGAGGACUUGUAUUUUCAAGACAUAUUCCUUUUAUUGUCCUCGUAAAUCCAGUACAAUUCCAUAGAGCAUGAAAGCCAUCUUGAGGCAAUUUGGGAACAGUUCAAAGCAGAGAGUUCACUGAUAACUUCAUGGUAAAUCUUACUUUAAAUAAGCAUUUUGUUUUAUCCCUUAAUCUUCAUAACAAGACCAAAAUUCAUGCAAUCUGAAUCUUACGUUGAUUACUGAGAAAUCAGGGAGACAAUUUUAUAACCGCUGUUGAUUUGCUUAUCAUAGUUAGAAUAGAAUAGAAUAGAAUUUUAUUGGCCAAGUGUGAUUGGACACACAAGGAAUUUGUCUUGGUGCAUAUGCUCUCAGUGUACAUAAAAGAAAAGAUACGUUCAUCAAGGUACAACAUUCAUCAAGGUACAAUGUUCAUCAAGGUACAACAUUAGUACAAAAGUUAGGUAACUUUUCUAGUAAUAAUUGUACUGCAUGUGGGGUAUUUUCUUAUAGAACACACGAAGGCUGAGUAAGCAAAAUCAAGACUAAAUUUUUCUAAUUGUGGUGGACCAAAAGCAUUUACAGUAUAGUCAAUAGUAUUAAAACAGUGAAUUUGCUUAUAUUGAUUUAAAAGAGUCCAUGAGAUUUAUUUGAAUGUAGAAUAUAGCCUUUUAAAAUGGUUUAGUCUCAAAAUAAUAAUAAGUCUAGAAAUGCAUAGAUGCAAUCCUAAGUAAAUUAAUUUGGGAGCAGGUCUCUCAGAGUCUAUAAGAUUUAUUUUUAAGUAAUUAUGGUUAAAAGUGAGCUCUGUAAAGGUGUCAGACUGGUAUGUCAGAAAGUACAUUGUGAUUUAAUACCAAUAUAUUAGCAAGGCCUUCUGCUAGUCCAUGAGUAUUUCUGAUAGUUUGGCAUCAAAGGAAAAUAUUUUAAUAUUAAGACUUCAAUAACAUUUUGAUUAAUUCAAUUUAUAAAGGUAUAACAUUACUUUCCAGCACUUGCUUUCUGCUGGUCUUAAUGGAACUAAACUUAUACUUAGCAAAUCUAAGUUUUAUCAAAUAUACAAUAUUGUCCCUGAGAACAAGAAUAAAGGAUUAUUCUGUGCAUUUUUAUCAGUAACAUGAAAUCUUUGAAAUAAAACAGACUGGUUUGUAGUUUAAAAUGAUUGGUCUAUAAUGAAAAUAUACCCUUCAGAUGAAAUUCAAUUCUAUUUUGUACCAUAUAAAAUUUUUAUUCUGUAGUGAACUUCUUUAUACAAUUUUCUUAACUAUUUGGUUUACAUUCUCUUACUCUCCCAAACAUUUUUUUCUUAAAUGGAGAAGGCAUUUUACAAAUUAUGGCACUGGGUUGAUUAUUCUAGUACAGGUUAAAUAAAGUCUGUCUAGUUGUAUUGCUGUUUCUUUCAGAAUUUGAUUGAUAUUUGUUAUAUUGUUUAGAACCAUGGUUUUGUGACUGUAUUUGACUUUUAAAAAGUUAUUUCAUUAAAGAUUUUCAUCAUU